AUGCCCAAGAACAAGGGAAAAGGCGGUAAGAACCGUCGUCGUGGAAAGAACGAGAACGACAACGAGAAGCGUGAGCUCGUCUUCAAAGAGGAUGGCCAAGAGUACGCCCAGGUUGUCAAGAUGCUCGGUAACGGCCGCCUCGAGGCUCUUUGCUUUGACGGCGAGAAGCGUCUGGCUCACAUUCGUGGCAAGCUCCGCAAGAAGGUCUGGAUCAACCAGGGUGACAUUAUUCUCCUCUCGCUGCGCGACUACCAGGACGAGAAGGGUGAUGUUAUCAUGAAGUACACCGCCGACGAGGCCCGUUCCCUGAAGGCCUACGGUGAGCUUCCCGAGCACGCCAAGAUCAACGAGACCGAUACCUACGGCGCUGAGGGCUUCGAGGACAACGUCGAGUUCGACGAGGACCGCGAGAGCGAGGACGAGAAGGAAAUCGAUGUCGACGAGCUCUAA